AUGCUUGUGUGGGAUGCCCUGACCGACAACUACAGAGCUGCAUGGGACGAGCCAGACUCAGAGGGAUUCAACGGAAACCUUUCUGGCAAAGAGAUACACGAAAAAGAGGAGGAGGAAAUGAAUGAAAAGAAUGACAAUGCUAACUGUCUCAACGAAGAGCCUCUAAUGACAGCAGAUCAGGUCAUUGAGGAAAUAGCCGAGAUGAUGGCAAACUCCCCAGACCCCGGUGAAACUGAGGAAGAGGACGAGGAGGAGAGCAGCCGUUGCUCCUCCAGGACUCACCCUUCCCUGCUCGAAGAGAUCCGACAACUGUCCCAGGCCUCAAACAACAAUUGCUCUUACGAAGGCCUGAGUUUGAUGCCUAGUUCCGCACUGUUUGAACUGCUGCACCGUGUGGAAGCCGCAAUCCGCGAAUACUCUGAGGAACUGGUCAGUCAGCUGGCACGGCGUGAUGAGCAGGAGUUUGAAAAAGAGGUGAAGAACACGUUCAUCACAGCCGUGAUUGAAGUGCAAAACAGGCAGAAAGAGCAGCGAGACAGUAGCAAGCGCCGACGCCGGGACAAAGCUUUGAGUCUACAAGGAGGCGUGGGUUUGGUGUCUGUGAACGCAGGGAAUACUGGCACCACUGCUCGCGUGGAGAAGACAGGAAGCAUGCCUGUUAAGCGCUUUAGUAUGGAGGGACUAUCCAAUAUUCUGCAGACAGGCAUCAGACAGACAUUUGGAAGCACAGGAAAUGAGAAACAGUAUCUGAACACGGUUAUCCCUUAUGAGAAGAAAGGCAGUCCUCCAUCUGUUGACGACCUGCAAAUGCUCACAAAAAUUCUUUUUGCCAUGAAAGAAGACAGCGAGAAGGUGCCUACACUGCUAACUGACUACAUAUUAAAAGGUAUUGUACCAGCUAGGGGCCACGCUUUGACUGGAACUCCUCCUGAUGCCAUCGGCCCAUGCAGCAUGACCUUCCUACUUGUCGGCCAUUAUCAGCCAUGGAUCCUCACCACCAACAUCAUUGUAUUCACCUCAACUUUGACGAUUGCCUCUCGCUGA